UCGUCGCCGGUAGCCGUACGCCAAAGUCGUCAAAUUAGAAAGAAGUAUUGGAAUUGUGUUUCUAAUUUUCUUUUCUUUAGCGGAGAAGAAUAGAAUAAUAAAGAAUUUGUCGGUUUACCUAUAAUAUAAUCGAUCUAUUACUAUGUUACCAAUUAAAGUACGUAUCGGGGAUUUUAUAAUAUAGUAACCUUAAAGCAAUUUCUCGUUAUUCGUAAUUUUGUGGGCUUCUUUAAAGGUUAAGCGCUGUGGAUCACCAUGGAAGACUCCAGUAAAUUUCAACAGAUGCAAGAUGAGAUGUCGAGGUUCGAGGCUGAGAUCUCGGGUGGUGAGAUACCCGGUAUAAUGCGUCCUGUGAUCGGCGCGGGCACGUUUGGAGCUGUACAGCAGCAGCUGGAGCGCGCUCUGCCCCCGCCCCCGCCGCCCCCUACAAUGCUGGCCAUGGAGGGCAUGUUCGCGCCCCGAAUGAUGUUCCCCUCUGUGCCACCGCCGCCACCUCCGCCAUCGAUGAUGGUGCCUGCGUCUGUCCAACGUCUCAGAGGGCCGUGUCCAGAUGGAUUUCCAGGUGGAAUGCCAUUCAUGAGACCAGCAAUGCCCGGGCCACAACUCAUACCUCCUCCUCCACCCAAACCACAACCAGUUAUACUGUCCGCUGCUCCGAAGUUAUACAAACAACCGAAAGAUGAUGAGGAAAAAAAAGAAAAACAUGAGAAGAAAAAGAAGAAGCGGCCCCGCUCGCCUCCGCCGCGCCCCCCUCCCGCGUCUCCCCCGCCGCCGCCCGCGCCCGCGCCGCAGCCGCUGCCCGUCACCAUCACCACCACCACUGAGACUGUCGCGCCGAAGGUCAAGAAGGAGAAGAAAAGUAGAAAGGUGGUGCGCACCGCGGGUGGACAGGUGUGGGAGGACGUCUCGCUGCUGGAGUGGCCCGAUGACGACUUCCGCAUGUUCUGCGGGGACCUCGGCAACGACGUCACGGACGAACUGCUGACCCGCACGUUCAGUAAAUAUACAUCGUUCCAGCGAGCCAAGGUGAUCCGAGACAAACGCACCAACAAGAGCAAGGGCUUCGGCUUCGUCAGCUUCAAGGACCCCGGGGACUUUAUUAAGGCCAUGAAAGAGAUGGACGGUCGUUACGUCGGCAGCAGACCGAUCAAAUUACGGAAAAGCUCGUGGAAGAAUCGAUCUCUAGACGUGGUGAGGAAGAAAGAGAAGGAGCGAGCGGCACUGCUCUCUUUGCUUAUGUCACAGAACAAAAGCUGACAACAGACUGCGUAGAUUGAAGUGACGACUGACGAGUUAGUUUAACUGAUAAAUAGAAAUUGUAAUGAAAUCGAAAAAAAAAUACUAGGCUUAGGAAUUUUGAGCCUAAAAUACAAUUUUGGUUUAUAUUGA